GUUUACCGUACAUUCUCUCCAAUGAGAAAAACUAGGAUGAUGUCAUCAUAGUAUAAAGAAUCUCUGGUCAUACCCAUAAACCCUCGCUGUGAUCUGGAAGCAGUUCGUGUCCCUGCGGCUUGAGUGUCAAACACAAGCAUCAUGGCUCUUCAUCGGCUCUUCCAGCUGUCGUCUCUCUUUCGUUCAGCGGUGACCGUCACCCUUCGCAGGAACAUUGGACUGUCCGCUGUCAUCUUUAACAAGGCCAAAGACCUGGAUCCUGUACAGAAACUCUUCCUGGACAAGAUCAGAGAUUACAACACCAAGAGCAAGUCAGUUGGUGGUGUGGUUGAUGCUGGACCGGCCUAUCAGAAGAACCUGAUGGAGGAGAUGACCAAACUACAGCGAUUAUAUGGAGCUGGAGAUCUGACCCAAUUCCCACAGUUCAAAUUCCAAGAACCCAAACUGGAGGAGGUGACAACGACUAAAUGAACAUCACAAUCUCUCCAUCACUGUUUGGUUCUGACGUCCUGAAGUAGAUAGUUAAUAAAAUACCUUGGUUUAAAUGUCC